AUGACUGCGAGCGAGAGGCGCCGCUCUGGAUGUGGACCAAACCUUGCGCAACGACACAGCAACGACACAGCAACGCCGCCGUUGUCCGAGCUUCUUGAGAUGCAGCUUGUCCGCACUCGUACCCGACGUAGCGUCCUCCAACAUGGCCCUCCCGUGCCCGAGCUCCGACCUCUCCUGAAAUGCUGCAUCGCUGCUCAAAUCUGCACUCUAGAGUGUUUGUUGUACCACGCCAUGCUCAGCGCGCCUUCUGUAAACAGCCCUGCACUCCGCCAACCGACCCAACGCAAGACUACCCGGCCUCGUCAAACACCCCAUAGUUCGACCGCACACAACGUGCAAGCUGCACUGCCCCUAUCACGUCUCACUUUGCCGCAUUUCCAAAGCUGA